GAAAGAGGUUAUCGGGCCACCUCAGUGACUGAUGACUGUUUCCCCGGAAGUCCGAGUCCGACUAAACGAUACAGUCAGUACUCAGUUUCCAUCAUGCAGCACACUUUCGGACAAACUCAUUGAUCUCGUUAUCAUGCACUGCCCGAAUCCGAUAAUGUUCCAGAAUCUAUCUUCAUUCGUCUAUUAUAUUUGGUCUAGGGCUGUGGGGAGACUAUUACCAUGUAACAUGCGGCAUCAUAUGCAUGAGUCUGGGUUUGCGGGUAACUUCAUUACGGUCCCCAGCUUGUUUUAUGAGUCUUGCCAAUUUCUAAAUCCGUUCUGACAUUCAAGUGGACCUCUACACUGCAUCAGUGUAGAUCAACAAACUUGAUUCGAGGACACGCACUAGUCAUAUCAUCAUCAUGAUAGCCGCCUCCCCGACAGUCCACCCAUCUGGUUCAUAUGAACCAACCACUGUGGACAUUCUCAAAGUCAAACAAUACUUCAAGUUAUCUGCCAUUCCACUUCCAGAUGAACUCAUCGAUGACAUUAUCGAUGCUGCCUCCUAUUGGGCACACACAUCUCUAACAGUCGAUGGAUGCACUGUCGCCGAUGCCGAUACCGGCGGAGACACAAUGUACAUGCGUACAUUGCCUCUUGCAGUGCAGGGGACAGAAGGAGACUUCCUACUCGACAAAGAAAAUUUGCAGGGAGAAGGGUUUGUCCUCGGCGGGCUACCUCCAACUGAGCUAGAGUGGACAGCGCCCAUACGUACCAAACCUUUUCGCAAGAUCGAAUUUCAGUUAUGGAGUCAUGACCAGGGCUGGGGCGGCCAUCUUAGUUGUCGAGGAACGUACAAUGGUGCUUACUCCUGGUUCGAUGCCAGUGUUGAGAGACUUCACUCCACUUCGUAUUUCACCGAAAGCGUCAACUGGCCCUCUUCACUCCUCUUCACCGCAGUUGAUGCACAAAAUCUGCUAGACGAUGUCACGUUUACUCAAAAAGACGUCAAGCAACCAUUUUUACCUUCUCCUUCCACUCUCCAGAAAAAUAUCGUUGCGGAAGGUCAAACGACACACCAUAUCGUCACUUGGACGGACCUUGACGAUGUCAAAGAAGGUUCACCCGAAGCAAUUGCAGCUGAAAAUAGGGGACAAGGAUGGAAAUCCUACGAUGGUAGCUUUGUACGUGACUUGCAGGUCGGUGACUGCAUUACUUUGUGGAUGAGGGCUCGCUUCCCAGGCUGGAGGAACGAAGCUGUGAGGGCGAAGAUAACAACAUUUUGGGCAGUAUAGGCUGAUCUACUAGUUGGUGUCAAGAAAUGUAGAGACCGCCUUUUUUAUUAUGUAUAUCUGUACAUUUGAUGUGUAUCGUCUUUUCCACGUACAGCAGAUUUCAAUUAAGA